AUGACUUCGUUUGGAGCAACGAAAAUUAUAUCUGAAGGCGGUUACAUGCCAACAUUCAAAGUUCAAGGCCAAAUAUACCACAAAAUCGGUUCAUUGCUCGCAGUGCCACAACAAGAUGCGAAAUUUCUGCAAAUUUAUUUCACUGGAAAUGAUGCACUGGAAGUAGACAAGCGUUGCGCAAUUAGUUCUGGGAUCCGACGCGAGAUCAUUUCAAGCUUGCAGGCAAUGUUCCAUGAACAAAACAAUUUGAUUCGCCUUUUUAAAACAGCUCUGGAUCAAAUGCCAUCAGAAGACUAUAGUGUUGUUAUUAGAGCAGACAAAGCUCCUGCUGGUGAACAUGAAAGGCGCUUCAAUGCUCCAGUAACAGGGGAUGUUGCAAUUGUAAUAGUUGGCACCGAAUUCGAUCGACGUGACAUCAUUAUCCACCGGCGAAAUGCUAAUGUGCAGAGAGUAUCGGAAACACAUCGAUCGUAUGAUGCACUCCAAUAUCCAGUGCUGUUUCCCCAUGGAGAAGAAGGAUAUCAUUUCAACAUCAGGCAAGUCGACCCCAGCACAAGUGAAGCGACGACAAAGAAAGUGUCCUGCAUGGAUUAUUAUGCAAACCGCAUUAUGAUUCGUGGAAAUGAAUCCAAUCAUAUCUUAAAAUGUCGUGAAUUAUUCCAACAGUUUAUUGUGGACAUGUACGCGAAAGUCGAAAGUGAACGUCUUCUUUUCAUUCGCUUAAAUCAAAAGAAGCUGCGCGUUGAAGAAUACGUUCAUUUACGUGAUGCAGUUGCUAAUGAUGGAAACAUUGCUGACAUUGGACAAAUGGUAAUUUUACCUGUAACAUAUACAGGAAGCCCGCGGCACAUGCACGAAUACGGGCAAGAUGCUAUGACGUACGUUCGAAAGUAUGGACGACCAGACCUAUUCAUCACCUUCACUUGCAAUCCAUCGUGGAGUGAAAUAACCGAAUUGCUUUUUGCAGGCCAGAGCUCAUCGCACAGACAUGAUCUUCUCGCUCGAAUAUUCAAGCAAAAGCUAAUAAGUCUUAUGAAUGUCAUCACGAAGAAUUUUGUUUUUGGAGAAACCAGAUGCUGGAUGUACUCAAUUGAAUGGCAAAAGAGAGGCUUACCACACGCUCACAUUUUGAUUUGGUUGAAGCAAAAAAUUAUACCUACACAAAUUGAUAGCGUUAUAUCAGCCGAGCUUCCAAAUCAAGCCGAAGAUCCCAUUCUUUUUGAAAUAAUCAAGAAAAAUAUGAUUCAUGGGCCAUGCGGUACUUUUAAUCCUAAUUCACCAUGUAUGCAAAACGGCAAAUGCACAAAGCGAUAUCCACGUGAGUUGAUUACUGAAACUCAAACUGGAGGUGAUGGAUAUCCUCUGUAUAGGCGAAGAAAUCCCACUAAUGGUGGAUACACAACUACUAUUAAGAUGCGAAGUGUAGAUAUCGACAUAGACAAUAGAUGGAUCGUGCCAUACUCGCCACUACUUUCAAAAAUGUUUAAUGCUCACAUCAAUGUUGAGUAUUGUAAUUCGGUAAAGUCCAUAAAAUAUAUUUGUAAAUAUGUUAACAAGGGCAGUGACAUGGCAGUAUUCGGAUUAGCAAAUCGAGGUGAUGAGAUCACGCAAUAUCAAACAGGGCGCUACAUCAGCAGUAACGAAGCAGUAUGGCGGAUAUUUGCAUUCAAUAUUCACGAACGAUAUCCAACGGUUCAACAUCUCGCUGUUCAUUUGGAAAAUGGUCAGCGGGUUUACUUCACCGAAGAAAAUGCGCAAAAUAGAGCAGAGCAACCACAAAACACAACACUGACUGCUUUUUUCGAAUUGUGUACAUCCGAAAAUUUUGCUAAAACGUUGCUGUAUCAAGAUGUGCCCAAAUAUUAUACUUGGAACACAUCGACAAAAAAGUUCAACAGAAGAAAAAGAGGUGCAAUUGUUCCAGAGCAUCCUGGUAUAUAUUCGUCCGAUGCAUUGGGACGUGUGUAUACUGUUCAUCCAAAUAACGCCGAGUGCUAUUAUUUGCGGUUGUUGCUGCAUACAAUCAAAGGGCCGACAUCAUUCCUUGCAUUGAAAACCAUCGACGGAGUAGAAUGCCAAACGUACAGAGAAGCGUGCUUUAAACUGGGCUUACUUGAGAAUGAUCAGAAUUGGAACACAACUCUGACCGAAGCAUCACUCACGUGCCAUCCAAAGCAAAUACGAACUUUGUUUGCGAUAAUUUUAACAACAUGCGCACCAUCGAAUCCUCGACAACUGUGGGAAAUGCAUCGUGAAAGCCUCAGUGAAGAUAUUCUAAGACAAGCACGUGCAAGCGAUCCAAGUCAGGAAUAUUCGGAUGACAUUUUCAAUGAAGCUUUAAUAUUAAUGGAGGACUUAUGCAUGUCAAUCAACAACAAAGCUCUUUGUCAACUCGGUAUGCCAGCACCGACACGAGAUAGAAAUGCUGUACAAGACAGAGACUUGAUGCGAGAACAGCAGUUUGAUGCAAAUCAGCUUGAACGAUUUGUGCAAACGCAAAAAGAGUUUUUAGUUGCUGAUCAGAAAAAAGCUUAUGACAAAAUCAUGCAACGUGUAACCAAAGGAGAUGGCGGAAUUAUCUUCCUAGAUGCUCCAGGAGGUACCGGGAAAACUUUCCUCAUCAAUUUAAUAUUGGCGUCAGUUCGAAUGCGAAAUGGGAUUGCAGUAGCAGUAGCAUCAUCGGGGAUUGCAUCAACACUACUUGAUGGAGGACGUACAGCGCAUUCAGCACUUAAGCUUCCAUUGAAUUUGCACCAGACCGAAACACCUACAUGCAACAUCAGCAAAAACUCUGGUAUGGCCAUAGUCCUUAAAACGUGCAAAAUUAUAAUUUGGGACGAAUGCACCAUGGCACAUAAGAAAUCGCUCGAAGCACUUGACCGAACUCUGCGAGAUUUUCGUGGAAAAGACCAACCGAUGGGAGGCGCUCUUAUACUUCUUGCAGGUGAUUUUCGUCAAACAUUACCCGUUAUACCACGAUCAACGCCUGCAGACGAGCUGAACGCGUGCUUAAAGGCAUCGCAUCUGUGGAACUAUGUCGAAAAAAUUACGCUCACAACAAAUAUGCGAGUGCAUUUGCUGCAAGAUACGUCUGCCCAAAUAUUUUCAAAGCAACUUUUAGAUAUCGGAAACGGUAAAGUUCAUAUUGAUCGCACAACAAAUGAGAUAUCAUUUCCGUCCAACUUUUGUCAAAUGCAGCAGAGCAUUCAAGACGUCAUCGACAGAGUAUUUCCGAACAUAACGAUCAACUACCGAAAUCCGGAAUGGCUCCGCGAACGUGCAAUUUUAGCUCCGAAGAACGAUGAUGUUAGUAAAUUAAACGGUCAAAUUCAAUUGAAAAUUCCAGGAGAAGCAGUCGAAUAUAAAUCGAUUGAUACAGUAAUGGACAAAGAUCAAGCUGUUAAUUACCCAACUGAAUUUCUUAAUUCUUUGGAGCCACCUGGAAUGCCUCCUCAUUCGUUGGCGUUAAAAGUUGGAUCACCAGUGAUGCUUAUUCGGAACUUGAACGCGCCGAAACUGUGCAACGGAACCAGAGUGAUAAUAAAAAAAUUAACACCGAAUUUGAUCGAGGCAACAAUCAUCAGCGGUAAAUUCAAAGGCGAAGAUGUGCUGAUUCCACGUAUACCGAUGAUUUCCAACGAUUUACCGUUCGAAUUCAAGCGGCUUCAAUUCCCUUUGCGUCUUGCCUUUGCUAUAACUAUAAAUAAAGCACAAGGGCAAUCAUUAACUAUUGCGGGUUUGGAUUUGAAAAAUUCGUGCUUUUCACAUGGCCUGUCGCCAUGCAUUAAGCAACGCGCGCCGGGUAUUGCUAGUAUCAAUUUAUAA